AGACGGCUAAGAACUGCUGUCCAUGUUGUUACACAGCUGUUGUCUGCUGUUGCGACUGCGCCCACUACCAUGCCGCUACGCCGUAAUGAUAACGCCGUGGACAGCCGUAAUGGCAAUAGAGCGUGUCUGCGUCGAGUUUUAGUAAUGUUGUGAGCGCAGACAAGGAUUAAAAUUUUCAUGUUCGUGUCACGAGUACUGCGACAGCUUUGUAAAGCUACGAGACCACUUCACUUCCUGGAUGUUGCGGGUGACAGUUCUCUCCUUGAGGCAGCUAGAAAAGGCCGCACAGUGAAAGUGGCAGUAGAAGGAAACAUUGGUUCUGGAAAGACAACUUUUCUUGACGGUUGUAAAAAAUUUGUUGACACAACGGUACUGAUUGAACCAGUCAACAUAUGGAGAGAUAUACAAGGACACAAUUUGCUGGAACUGAUGUACAAAGAGCCGAAGCGCUGGAGUCUUGCAUUCCAGACCUAUGUUCAGCUGACAAUGAUGCAGCUGCACUUGGCACCUGUGCCGACCCCAGUAAAACUUAUGGAACGAUCGCUCCAGAGCGCACGUUACGUCUUUAUUGAAAACUUGUAUCGCAGUGGCCAUAUGACGUCUCUCGAGUUGAGCAUCUUGAACCAGUGGUUUGACUGGAUCAAUGAAAAUGUUGCUGUUGGAUUGGACAUGAUAAUCUACUUGAGGACAAGGCCAGAAGUAGCAAUGGGCAGGAUCCAGAAACGAAAACGACCUGAGGAGGAUCAACUUCCUUUCGAUUGGCUUUGUAAAGUUCACGACCUUCAUGAAGAGUGGCUACUUGGUCGCUCAAAGUUUCCACUUCCACCUAAAGUCUUAGUGAUAGAUGCUAACCAGGAUUGCAUUGACAUCCAGAAAGAGUUUGCACAGCAUUUGCCUGACAUUCUGGACCAAGGCCAAUUAUGUCAUGCCCCCUUGACUCCACAACCUGUGUGACAUGCCACAUUAAUUUGUUUCACAUUAUUGGAAUUGGCCAGGCAGGUUUGAUGCGCUGUUGUGUUGCUUUUUUGGGCUGCAUGUUUCUUUGUCAAGAUGAUGAAGGGAGGCUGCUGGAAAUACAUGUCAAGAAAUGUGAUAUCUAUAGCCAGUGCUCAGCUGGUAGCUGGAAAAUACUGGUUUCAUUUGGUGGUCUGUACACGAUGAUACAUAUGUUAGCAACCUACUUUUGCAAGUAGCAAUGUAUCCUUCCCAACCCCCUCCCAUUCUUCUGGCUUCCUUCCUACAUUGUUAUACAUUCAUUGCUACUACUGUGACAGGAGAGUGUAAAAAUAAGGUUUCAUUCUCUACAUGCUGUGUAGUAUGCCGAUACAGCUUUCUGCUCGUCAGUGAAACCUGUAAUUAUAGGAGUAUUCCUGGCAGCACUAUUUGAAAUCGUGCUGUAAAGCAAUGUUUCAUGUCACAUAAAUAUCAUCACAGACCAGUGGCUUUAUACCAAAUUAUGACUUGCUAACUGCGGUGAUGUGUGAGCUUUGUGCCUUACUGCACUGAAGGUCAUUCAUUGAUUGCCGUGUUUCUUCCCGCCAUCAGCGGACCAUUCAAUCAUUUUGGAAGCAACUUGCUUUAGGCUUGGUUUAUAGAGUAGUGAUGCAGAUCUAUCGGUAUUUGACUAUCGAUAGUAUCGAUAGUUUUUUUGAAACUAUCGAUAGUGUAAACAAGCUAUCGAUAGUGAUACUAUCGACAAACUAUCGAUAGUGCAAUCGGUAGUACCACCGUUAAUAUUACUAGGGAUAUUACUACGAUGCGUGUUUAUUGCUUUGUUUUGAAGUAUUCGGCUUUCACCUACAAAGACUGUUAGCUACAUUUGACGCAGACCGCGCCGUAAUGUUUGAGAAGCUUCACAAUUGUUUGAGAUUAUUCUGUUAAGAUUACGUGCCGGACGCGAAAAGUCAAGUUUAUUCGAGAGUUUACGCGAGCACCAGUGAUAACGCUGGUAGGUUUCAUGACUGAUGUAUAAAGGACUACGCGUUCCACCCAUGAUCAGAUUACUCAACGGCUGACGACUGCUCCCGCCGCUACCAGUGCGCAGCAUGUAUCGCUUGUAUUUUGAGUUUUGAUUUUCUGGGCACAAGUUCGCCAAAAUAAAGAGCUCUGUAUUCCCCAGUCUUGCUGCAGCAUUCUUCACCGUCACAACCAUGUGACAAUACUAUCGAUAGUGGUGUGAAUAAUGAUGCAGUUGCUGGCCGGCCAUAUUGCCAAAAUAUUUGCGAUAGCCUACUACCAGCUUCGCCUAAUUUAUGAGCGAUUUUUGACAGAGAAAUCAAUUAUUUGCGCAGUGAAAAUGGCGGAAUAUAUCCAUCAAUAAAUUCGUAUCCAAAAGCAACCAGUUACACCUUACAAUUAACUUCUUGAUAUUUAUUUAUUUUGAAAUCAUAAAAUGCAAUAUCAAUAUGUCCCACCACAUGUAAAGGCUUCUUUUUCGCUACAGCUGAACAGUUUGAGUGUCUGAUCAUGUGUCAGCAAAGCACUCUGGUGGAAAGCACAAUCAUGUCAACUUUCUUGCUCUUCAGCCUGCUUCUCCGGCUCCCCUAAGUACCACGCGUGCGGGGAACCAAGUUUAUUCUGCAGUGAGUCCGCGCUGUUAAUUUUAUAGUAUCGAUAGUACCAUCGAAUUUUUUACUAUCGAUAGCGCUAUCGAUAUUAUUUUGCACCAUCGAUAGUUCGAUGGUGACUCAACUAUCGAUAGUAUCGAUAGUACCAUCGAUAGUUCCGCAUCACUAUUAUAGAGUCCUGUUAAUGUGCUGAAUUCGUAUGUUGUGCCAAAUUGGCUUUCACAAAAAGUGUAUUCAUUGACAAAGUACUUCCAGUUCUGCUUGUACAACUGACAGUGUCGGAUAGGAGCUGUAAUCUCAAACAUAGUCACCCAGAAUAGCGCCUUUUCUUUGUUGGAUGGUUCCCUAUCUCCUUCGUAUGAUUCUUCAUAACUUCCUUCAGUGCAAGUUUAAGGGAUUAGAAAUAUUCUGCCUGAGGCACCGUCAUAUUAAUACAGAUUCGGAAAAAAAAAAAAAAGAUGAUGAUGAGGAAGAAAUGUUUGUGACCUAAUAAACUGUCUGCACUAAGCAGUAACUAAAAUACUAAGUAGGAGUGCUGUUAAUGUGUUCACCCUAUUGUAAUAUGAGACGCCUAGUAUGUUGUAGCCGUUCAGCAUUAUCCACAUCAAAGGAGGAAAAAUAUCAUAUGUAUAAGGAGACUUGCCUGAUUGCAACCUCACUUUCUCCAAACCGUGUCUUUUGGUUAGCAGAAGUGGCUUAUGCUGAUGUUAGUGUGGUUCAGUGCCAACCUAAUCUUUAUGUAACUUCUUUUAGGUCUGCCUGCAUUGACAAGUGAGAGAGAAAGCUAGAAACCAAGAAGUACUAGUCUAGUAUUUACAGAAAUAAUCUUGUAUACCUUGUUGAUUCAAUGCCUCGUUUUCGUUAAGAUACUAUUUUGUGCCUUGUUCCAUGACCUGGUAACAUUGUUAACCCACACAACUUUUGCUGUGACUGGUGCAUCAUGUAACCUGUACACCAGGGUAAGGCAUUAGCAAUUGUCGCAGCAUUAGAAGUUAUUGUAAAGUAAGUCACAUGCAUUGAUACUGCAAGUUUUGUUUAAUAUGUAUUUAUGGUUUGUCAUGAGCUGUAUUAACUGAUAUUACCUGCAUUUCAUUGACAUUUUCUGUUUCAUUACCUGUAUUAUUAGCUGUAUGUGAGCUGUAUUAUUUGUAAUUAAUGUGUUAAUUAGAAUAUUUAAUGAAGUUGUUAAAUAUUGACUUUAGGCAAGAAAUGUGGCUUGCAAAGUUCUAGAGUGCAUUCAGAAACCCCCAUUGCAUUAUUUGCGACAAAGAAAGCCUCACAGUACCAUUUUUUCCAAGCUGCAAAGAAAGCCCGCGAAAUACAAAAAGAAAAGACGUGACUAGCGCAUUAGCGCGCAGCGAAAAUGCUGUACUCAGCCGUGGUUUGGGCGAACAAAAUCAGCUGCGGUGAUGACUCGCUGUCUCCGUUGCUGCGGUAGGCCAAUAAGUUAACGGUGGUUUCUUGGCCCGCGCUCGCUACAACUUGCACCAUCAAAGUCAAAGUCAAAGUCAUUUAUUAUUCUAUUUAUACACAAAAAUGGGGAUACUGAAAAAUAUACAGACGAGGGUCCCAUAGUCGAAGACUGCAGCGGGACCCUCGGUUAAUAAUAGUUAACAAGAAGUAAAAACAGUGAGCAGGUGAACACCAGCAACAAAAAAGGAAACGCAAUAAACACAAAUAAUAUCCAAUAAAGUACAUAUAUUGAAACACAGUGGCAAAGUAAAAUAACUGAAAAAGAACUAACAAAAGUAACUAUAAUACAAAUGAACCAUUAUGAUGAUCAAAAAGAAGAAGAGCGAUAUGCUGAAUUGGUUAAAUUUACAUUUGCAAGUAAAAAAGUUUAAUGGCAUGUUUGAAUUCAUGAACAGAUGAAGUUUUGACACUCAAUGGUAAAUCGUUCCACAAUUUUAUGGCGGUGAAUGUCGAGGUCAUUUUGCCGUAGUUAGUAUGUACAAUGGGCAAAAGAAAGUUUGAGCUAUGCGCAAACAAGUUUAUUGUUUGGCCCGCGCCGACUGGCUGACGCGGUCCAAGAAACCACCGCCAACUUAUCGGCCUACCGUUGCAAAGGAGCCGGCGAGUCGCAGCCGCAGCUAAUUUCGUUCGCUCAAACCACGGCUGAAAGCAGCACCUUCGCUGCGCGCGAAUGCGCUAGUCACAUGUUUUUUUGUAUUACGCGGGCUUUCUUUGCAGCUUGGAAAAAAUGGUAUACGUGAGGCUUUCUUUAUCGCAAAUAAUGCAGUGGGGGCUUCUGAAUGCACUCUCGAACUUUGCAAGCCGCAUUUCUUGCCUAAAGUCAAUAUUUAGCAAAUUCCUUAAAUAAUCAUAAUUAACACAUUAAUUACUAACAAAACAAAAAAAUUGUCUGUAGUGCGCAAGGUGGCUGUAUGCAAUUUGCAACUGAUUUCACUCGCCUGCCUCUAAUAUUGUAUUUUUUUUAACCCUCAGCUAAUGAUAGCUGGGACACCUGGUAUACCGGUGUGCAUAUAUAUAUAUAUUGUAAGUCUGGUCGGUUCAUCUGUAUUAAAUUUUUAGUAAAAACCAUUGGAAUUUUUCGUUUACCAGAAAUAAAAUAUUUCAGUUAACAAUGACGUUUGACCUUAGAAACCUGCUCCAAAGCAGCAUUAUUCCUGCUCCCUUAGCUGCUCCAAGAGACUGAAGCCUGCUUCCACCCCUGGUUAUAUUUUUUAAUGUGUACUACUAUAAUAACCUAACAUAAUUCGAAUAUAUUCAGAUAUGUUGCUGAACAACUGUAUCUGUUGCUCUUGCUUGCAUUUAUUAUACUAUUUUUAAUGUGUAUUUCAUUGUGUAUUUCAUUCCAUUGUGGACUCGUUUAUUACAUAAGGGAGAACUUUCCAUGCAUUUACUGUUGUAGACUUCGCAUUUGUAUUCCGUCAUGGAUCUAAGUUUUCCCAUCAUCAUAAGCUGAGCAUGGGGCAUCAACACCCAUACUCAGCUUAUACAUUAAAAAAUUAAGGAGGGGGUGGAGGGUCAGGACACCUGGACCCCAUCUCCUCCCCUCUGGAUGUGCCUGUGGAGUUCAGCAAGUUGUUAUGCAAUGAUGGGUUAGCAUACCUGCCAAGUCUCCCGGAUUACCCGGGAGACUCCCGGAUUUUGAACGUUUCUCCCGGUUGUACGGGUCAUAGCAAAACCUCCCGGAAAUCCAGUUUUGCCCCGCGCGUCCAGUUCAUUGCUAGAGUGCCUCGAUGCGCGCGGAGGCGAACGAGCGCAUCGAGGCACUCUAUUCAUUGCGCGCCCCGUGCGUCACGGUGAGGCGAGGUGGGACGUUUCGCGUACAGAUGCGCUACACGCAAUUUAAAAAUUGAUCCUAAAUGUGUUAUAGGUUAUAUCAGCCGUUAAUAUUUCGUAGAUGAUGCGUUUGUUUACACACAAAUCUAUCCCACAAGUUAUCUUGCCUUCAAAAUUUUGUGUCACUACUGCUUUGGAGAGCCCAGCACUUAAAAGGGUAGCCGUUACCGAUGUCUGUCGAGAUAGCGUGUUCGCCAGCGCUCGCGACCGUCCCCGUCUCAACGGCGCCCCUUAUGGUCCCUUGCCCGACGAAAUAACUGGUAAGCAAGCGACGACAGGCCUCGCACGCGGAGCGAUGUUAUCGCAUGUGCCCUUCGCGCGACGGUGACAGCCGGGUCGUUUCAUCUCUGCUUCAACCGCGUUCGUCCCUAGCGCUAGCGCGCAUUUACUCGCACGUGAAACAGACGAUGCGUAAGCGAUGAUAUCGGUUUGGACUCUGUACAGAUCAGCGGCGACCGCAAAAUCCCGCUGACAGUAGGCAGUUUUAGAAUAGCGUACGCUAAGUUAGCGUUUGCGGCCCGCUAUUUUCGUCACUUAACGGGAGCCCGCAAGCGGUUAGCGUACGACGCAUGCGCAGUUGCGCGAAAAGCCAACGCAAAGCUUUGCGUACGCUAUUCUAAAACUGCCUAGUGUCCAUAUAAUUGCUAUCGCAGUACCCCCCCCCCCCCGCGGUCGGCAUAC